UCUUUUCCUUGCCAAGACUUUCCAUUCUUAUUCUCCCCCCAGGACCCUUGUUCUUAGGACCCUUGUUCUUUCUAGCCCUAAAGAUGCUUGCGUCUGUUUCUCUGCUGUUUGCUGCCGCUGGCUCGGCCAUGGCCGGUCCCCUCCUCGUCGCCAGGCAGGAAGAGGCCGCCGCCGCCGCCGGCCCCGUCCCGCUGCGCAUCAUGUGCAUCGGCGCCUCGGUCACCUUUGGCGUCGGCUCGAGCACGGGCAACAGCUACCGCAAGGACCUGCGCGACCUGCUGACCGCCGACGGCGUCAACUUCACGUCCAAGGACACGGUCAACUUUGUCGGCACGCGCAAGAACGGCGACUUUGCCGACAACCAGGUCGAGGCCACGAGCGGCUUCGUCAUCUCGCAGAUCGCAAAGGCCACGGCCGAGGCCGCGCCCAAGCUGCUCCCCAACCUCGUCCUCGUCGACGUCGGCACCAACAAUUGCAACAAGGGCAAGAACGUGCCCGACGCGGGCCAGCAGGUCGAGGCGCUCAUCCGCGACAUCUACGCAAAGAGCCCCGGCGCCACCGUCGUCAUGCCGACCGUGCUGGUCAACAAGGUCGCGGCGCAGGAAAAGUGCCGCGUCGACGAGAACGCGCAGUUCGCCGCCAUGGCCGACAAGCUUAAGGCCGAGGGCGCCAAGUUUGUGUUUGUCGACAUGCGCUCGGCCGAGGGCCCGACCACGGCCGACCUGUCCGACACGAGGCACCCCAACGACGCCGGCUACGUCAAGAUGGCAAACGUCUUCUUUGGCGGCAUCCAGCAGGCCGCCGCCCAGGGCUUCCUGACCGCCCCGGCCGACAACGGCACACCCGCCGACGGCAAUGCUGCAUAAAGGGUGUGGGCUUGAGUUUGGGGGUAUGGGAGUUCUUUUGUUGUUGUUGUAUACUACUAGUAGUAAUUGCUGGGCGCUCUUUGAUCAGAAGCGCCCAUGAUCUUGGCAUGGAACCAUUGAGACAUCCCAAAUCGCUUGUGACA